GACACCACAGAAGCUCGCGCCACCAUAAGUAUGAUAAAUACAAUGAUCGGCACUUUGUGGAUCCCAUGCGGAUCAAUGGUCAUGGAAGCCGUGUGCCUCGACACCACGGCUAUGAGUCAUCGUCUAUGAUCAGUUCUGAUUUAGAAUCUACUAGCUUCUUUGACUCGGAUGAUGAUGCCUCCAGUCGUAUCACUGCCACCACAACAGGAAGCAGCAGUGUGUCUCGCCUCCAUGCCCGCCAUCGACGGAAAAAGCAGCGCCGACACCGCCUGCAACCUCCUAUGUCUCGCACUUCUUCUAUAUCUUCUAUUACCGACUCUACAAUGUCUCUUAAUAUUAUUACUGUCACGUUAAACAUGGACACUGUCAAUUUUCUGGGGAUAUCUAUCGUUGGGCAAUCAAGUAAAGGUGGCGAUGGUGGUAUCUAUGUGGGAUCAAUUAUGAAAGGUGGAGCAGUAGCAUUAGAUGGGCGUAUAGAACCUGGAGAUAUGAUCCUCCAGGUUAAUGACAUUAACUUUGAGAACAUGAGUAAUGACGAAGCAGUUCGGGUAUUGCGAGAAGUUGUUCAAAAACCAGGGCCAAUCAAACUUGUUGUAGCUAAAUGUUGGGAUCCCAAUCCAAAGGGCUAUUUCACCAUACCUCGCACAGAGCCUGUUCGACCCAUUGACCCCGGUGCGUGGGUUGCCCAUACUCAAGCAUGCCGAGGAAUACCAGGAGAGUUUCCCGGUCGUCCUCCAUCUGUCAGCACCUUAACUUCGACCAGCUCCUCUAUCACUUCCAGCAUCCCGGAAUCAGAGAGACCGUACGAAGAGAUGAAGUUGACUGUGAACACACCAAUGGAUACGAUAGUGCGGGCGAUGGCUGCACCAGACUCAGGUUUAGAAAUCAGAGACAGGAUGUGGCUAAAGAUUACCAUACCCAACGCAUUCAUUGGUGCCGAUGUUGUCGAUUGGCUGCAUCAAAGAGUAGACGGCUUCCAGGAUCGUCGAGAAGCACGUAAAUACUCUGCUCAGAUGCUCAAGGCUGGAUACAUCAGACAUACUGUCAACAAAAAAGAUUUUUCUGAACAGUGCUAUUAUGUGUUUGGUGAUCUAUGUACAAGCUUAGCAAGCUUAAAGUUAGGGGAAGAUGACACACUAAGCGAGGCAGACAGGGACACCUUAGCGCCUUUACCGCCCCCAUCAGCAGCUUCACCCUGGGGUGGCCCACAUAUGCCAUACGCUGGCACUUAUGUUCCCCCAGCUACAGGCUACGCGCCAAUGCCAUUCAAUUACACCAAUGAAUCAUAUGCAUUUAAUAGAGACAGCAGCACCAACAGUGGUUCUGGUAGUAGCGGUGGAACCCAGAAAAAAGUUGAACGAAAGUCGGCAUCUCCAGCCCAAAGUGGAAGUGAUAGUGAGGCCAGUCAGCGCAGUGCUCGCCGUCUGGGUAGUGGAGGUGGUGGUUCUGGCAGUGGCAGUAUUGGUGGUGGCGGAGGUGGUGGUGGCGGUGGGACAGGUGGAACAGGUGGGGGAUCCAGUGGAUCUGAGAGAUCAACAGCAACUACGUUAUCCCAACCACCACAGCAACCACUUCCGCCUCAUUCCACUCAUCAGCACCCUACAGGUGUGCCUUCAACUUACCCUCUGCAUCCCUCCCACCCAUCACAUCCACCACAUCUGUCACACCCACCCGGCCUGCCUCCCCUUCUCCCUCCCCAUCCUUCCCACCCUGCCCACCCUCACCCAGCAAGUGCCCUCACCUCCCACAGCCACCCCAGUGACCCCCCUCCAGCAUACUCCUCCCUCAUGCUCCCCCCGGGCAACCCGCACCCGGCUCCACCUUCACGCCCUGUGGAGCAGAUGAACCCUGACCUGGCAGCUAGUACCAACAGUUUCAACCUGGCCAUGGACAACCCCUGCAACUUUUUUGUUGAUUCUGUCUGAAGCUUUAAUUGUUUGAGGAAGACAUCCAAGGGUACCAGUUUAGCGACCGCAGCUAGUCACCUGGACCACAUGGGCGCAGUCGUGUGGAAAGUUAGAGGAGACCCUAGCCAGAGCUUAACUCUCAGUGGAAACAAACCGCUUAAUGUUAUCAUUG